UAGUUAAGUGGCGCACCGUCCUCCUCCUCCUCCCCAUCUCUCACCCAGAGUAAACCCAAGCGCACGGAGCGCAUCCUCCCCGAGCUCGUCCUGUGGGAAUUAGAAAGCAGAGCUGUUACGCUGUCAGCACCAAACCGGCCGAGCUCUGCAGUGUAGGGGACUGAGGAAAACAUAUCGACAAAGAGUGAGAGAGAGGGAGAUGGGUCCUGAGGCGGCGAGGCAUCCGUGAUUGUCAAGUGAACGGCGGUGAAGUUGUUCGGCUCCGCUCGGAUCUUUUCUCCAGGUCGUUGAGUGUGUGAUUGUGUGUUCAGCAUGAGUAACAUCUACGAGUCUGCAGAGGCCACGCUGGGCUUCAUCAGCUCUCCAUGCCUGGCUAAAGUAGAGCUGAGAAUGGCCUGCCGGGGCAUCUCGGACCGCGACGCUCUCUCCAAACCCGACCCUUGCGUGGUGCUGAAGAUGCAGUCCCACGGGCAGUGGUUUGAGGUGGACCGUACAGAGGUGAUUCGCAGCAGUAGCGGCCCUGUUUUCUCCAAGAUCUUCCUGGUGGAUUACUAUUUCGAGGAGGUCCAGAGGCUCCGCUUUGAACUCCAUGACAUCAGCUCCGGCAACAAUGGCCUCCGAGACGCUGACUUCCUGGGAGCGAUGGAGUGUACUUUAGGACAGAUCGUCUCGCAGAGGAAACUGACCAGAGCUCUCUACAAACCGGGAAACACUUCUGGAAAGUCGUCCAUAACGGUAACAGCGGAGGAGUUGUCUGGUAAUGACGAUUACGUUGAACUCUGCUUCAGCGCUCGUAAGCUUGACGACAAGGAUUUCUUCAGCAAGUCAGACCCUUUUCUGGAGAUUUUUAGAAUGAAUGAUGACGGGACUGAGUCGCUUGUACACAGAACUGAGACCAUCAUGAACAACCUGAGCCCAGUUUGGAAAUCCUUCAAAGUUUCCCUAAACACACUCUGCAGUGGUGACCAAGAUAGGGAACUAAAGUGCACAGUUUGGGAUUGGGACUCUAAUGGAAAACACGACUUUAUUGGGGAGUUUCAGACCACCUUUAAGGAGACGAGAGCUGAGCUGGAGGGAAAACAGACUCUCAUCUAUUUUGCUACUUCCAGUACUCUAAUGAAGGACUGGAAGCGUGUUUCAGAAAUGAUUAAUUUUUCUCUUGCUUUUCACCAGAUUGUACAUGAAAAGGAGAUUCAGGCUGAAGAUGACCAAGUGUUUCUGGUAAAACUGCAGUCGCUGCUCGCCAAACAGCCCGCUGUGACAGCAGGGCGACCAGUGGACACCACCAGUCGAGCUCCCACCGGCUCCCCCAGGACGAGUAAUCGAUCAGCAGCGGCCAACGUAGCGAACGCCAUGCCACAGUCGGGUCAGACCAGUGAGGGUGUGUUGGCCAACUUCUUCAACAGUCUACUGACAAAGAAAGCAGGGACGGGGGGGCCCGGGACGCCAGGGGGCGGUAACAACACUCCAGGAACAGUACGCAAGUCAGGUUCGAAGCUGGGUCUGAGCGAUGUACAGGCAGAGCUGGACCGCAUAUCCAGCCGGGAGAAUGACUCUGACAUGCCCAAUGCCAACGACACCCCUGCCACCGACGGCCAGGACACAUGAAGGCCAACACACUAAACCCUGCGCUCCCCCCACCCCACACAACCACCAACCCCCUUUCCCAUCUCAGUCACCUUCCUUGUCCUUCCUCCCUCUACUCCAUCCCAAAGAUGCAGGAAGAAAAGAGGGAUGUUGGCCCACAGUUUUCCAUCCCCAUCAUCUUUCAAAUUCUCCUCAAGAAGAAGAACCCAUCCUCUCUUCCCUUACCCGUUCUCCCACACCUUGUUCCCCUCCCCCACCUCUCUCUCUUCUACUCCUGGCUGUUGCGCUGAGGGCGAGUAUUUGUCACUGUUACAUACAAGACUGUCUGUUACAUGAGAGUAAUUGGGUAAGGGGGCCAAUGUGGAUGCGGAGGUUGGGAUGAGAAGAAGUAAGUGGUUUUUGAAAAAGAUUGAUAAGAGGAAUGAAAGCGAGGGUGUUUUAUCCAUCCAUUUCUUGUGAUGGUGGUACAGCUGGUGUUUUUACUGUAGGAACUGCUGAGGGUGCAUGUUGAAGAAACAUCACUUAGAGUACUAUAGGAAUGAUUGUGUGUUUAAUGUAUGUGGGGCAAGUCAUGCUUGGCCAGAAGAAGAGAUUGAGAACUAAAAAAUGCCUGACACAAAAUGACAAAGAUUUGUUUUUUAAGAUGAAGGGACAAACAUACCAGUAUUUGUGUGUCUGCAUAUGUGUGUGAAAGAAUGACACAGAUGGAUAGAAUUGAGGAAGUUACCUAAACCUAGACCUGUAUGUUGAGAGAUUCUGGGCUGUUUGCAUUUCAACCUAAAGGCAAAAACAUUACAUGCUCUUACACUACAAGCUCUUAAAACAGUGCAUACACUAUUAUUACAGAGGCCCUGUCUGAUGGACUACACACACAUGACAAA